AUAGGUCACAAAGAUUGAAUGGCGGGAAGCCCCAAGUAGGUAGUUGAGGAUGAAGCGGCAGUGUUUUCAGGCACGAUCGAUCGAGACGAAAAGCAGCCUGGUCCCCAGGAAACGCCUCCUGAUCGAGCAGCAGCCCACCUCAGCAUGAGCCCGAUCUACGCAACAGGGGCCUGUGGCAUCGACCUGCCCUUGCUCAGGCUUGCGAGCCAGAACGGAUGUCUUCGAUUGAGGUGCGAGCGCGCCUUCUUGUGCCUGGUGCAGGACGCGACAUCACAUAUCAUCACACGAAGUAGGCCAUGGACAUCAGCGUGCGAAGACGAGGCAGACGAUGACUUCCUCGCAAGCGAAGCUUCCCAUGGCUUGCUCGAACAGUCUGCCGCCGUCUUUCGCGGUGGGAAGGCACAAGGCGAUGCAUUGAUGGCUCACUCCUCCUGCCAUGUCAUCGGCGACCUGCACGGCAAUGCUAAGCACGCUCUCGACUUUCCUCAGCUACGAUCGUUUGCUGCUGUGCCUGUCAGGAGCGCCUCAGGCCACCUCUUGGCCAUCUAUGGAGUCUUUGACAACAAGCCUCGUCAUGAUUUUUCAGAUGCUGACACGCUCUCUGUCUUGUUCGACAUAGCCUCGGCCAUGGCAGACCACGUCGAUUUUCAAUUCACGCGUUUCCCUUGUCCGCGCUCAUCCUCGCAGUCCACCUACGCCUCGCGCUGCCCAGCGCUGUCCGACCAUGAACCUGGCUACGAUUCCUCAUCGACCUCAUCCCGCUCCUCCGACUCUGCCUCCCUUCCCCACUCUCCAUUCGACCAUGUGUCCUCGAACCCUUCGCUCCCCACCUCCACAUCCGACUCAAUGGCUCACGACAACGCUGCCGACUACUUUAGCCAUCACAAGACUUCACCUCCAGAUGCCACUCCAAGACCCGACCCCUUGUCUUUGGACAUCGCCAGUACCAGAGCCAUCGAGUUACGCCUUGUUUCUUCCAUCAGCCAUGAACUUAGGUCUCCUUUGCAUGGUGCUCUGGCGGCUAUCGAGUUUUUGCAGGACACACCCCUCGAUGACAAUCAGAGCGACCUAGCAUACAUGGUGCAAGCCUGUGCCACCACCCUUCUGGACACUCUCAACCACUUGCUUGACUACUCUACAGUCAGGGCCACUGCGCGUAGGAAGUCUUUUGAUCAGUCAGCAUAUGUGGAUGCAGACCUUUUCGGAUCCAUCACUGAACAGUACCUAUGUCGCCUUGUGCAAGAUACUGUUGAAGGUGUCUAUUUUGGUCACAUCUCUCAACAAGUCGCUUACAGCAAGAACCGCCACGCGCCAGGCCAUGCCUUCACUGGAGUCGACAACCCGUCUGAUCCGAUCCUGCUCAUGGAUGACUAUCUCGGCGUAGAAACUUCUGCGGUUAGCGGCCUUGUCGACAGUGUAGCAGUCUAUCUCGACAUGGACAAUUGCGGUGAAUGGUACACUCGACUUUGCACUGGUGCUUGGACGAGGCUGGUGAUGAACCUAUUCGGCAAUGCCCUCAAAUACACUCGGAAGGGCCAUGUUGAGGUCACUCUCAGAAUGCUCAAAUCAGAUGACGAUGAUGAGAUAAAUGAUGCCCAUCUGAUGGUCAAGGAUACAGGCAUCGGCAUGAGCGACAGUUUCUUGAACAACCGUAUAUACCGUCCUUUUGUUCAAGAAGACUCUCUCGCACCCGGCGCUGGCCUUGGACUUAGUAUCGUUAAAAGCAUUGUCGACGAGCUGGGCGGAACCAUCAGCGUGCAAAGUGAUUUGGGCGUGGGCACCCGUUUUGACGUGCACAUUCCACUUUCCAAACCAAACUCGCUGGACAACAAAAAGAAUCUCUCUGGAGGAGAGAUCCUUGAUUCCGAGGCGCUUCUCAAAGGUCGGACCCUUUGCCUGCUUUCACCCUGCGUUGCGGGUUCAGACACCCGUGUACGACCGCCGUCGCUCAUGCAUACAUAUGUACGCUCCAUUGCCGAGAAGUGGUUCGACAUGAAGACUAUUGAAGCUUCGAUGACUUCGGAAGUCGAUGCAGACAUCUUUAUUGCUGAAGCCUUACAUGUUGUCGAGGAAGCUGCGAUGAAUCCGACUUUCAUGGCUUCCAUCGACAAGCCUCAAAUCAUCUUGGUUGGCCCGCUUCCGACCGCAGGUGCUCAAAAACACGCCAACAACCAGAUAUUAGGCUAUCCCAUAGACCCCAAGAAUGUCUGUCGAGCACUUUUGGCUGCGAUCAACCAUCCUUGCGAGGUGGACUACCCAUCCCCGCCACUGCUUACUCCAGAGACAACGAUCAAGCUAACGCGGGGAGUCCCCUUUGGAAGCGAACAUUCAGCCCGUGACCAGCUUCCACGACAAGCUCCAGCCCAGCAAGAUCAUGCUCUGGCACAAGCAGACGAUGGUGCAGAGCAUCUCCUCCUCGUCGACGACAAUGCCAUCAACCUCAAACUCAUUUCUGCUUUGGCCAAGAAGCUGGGCGUCAGUGCCGACACGGCCGUCGACGGGAAAGACGCCCUCGAGGCCUACGUCGCCGCAUUGAAAACCAACAAACCUUUUACCACAGUCUUCAUGGACGUAUCAAUGCCAAUCAUGGACGGCUUCGAAUCCACACGAGCUAUCAGAUCUCAUGAAGCCGAAACCAAUGUCGCCAAACCUGCUAGGAUCAUCGCGCUUACUGGCUUGGGCUCUGCAGCGCAUAGGCAAGAGGCUGUGUCUUCUGGAAUGGACGAAUUCCGAACGAAACCGGUGGCUAUGAAGACUUUGAAGGGGCUUCUGGGUGUUUGAACAAUAUGCUGGGAGCACCACAUUACGAUUUAUGAAUUUAUGAGUACACAUGACCAUCUCCUUCUGAUGAAGCCAAGAGACUUUUGUGUAUUUGACAUGACAAUUUGUUGGAACUGUUUUCUUCUUGAGUUUUUCAUUCUGUUUGAAUUUCCAUUUAUUCUUCGGUGGCUUUGAUUUCCUGCUCUUUUCUUGAACCGCUUGCUUUUGGCGUUUUCCAACAAAGGAGAUCUGGUGGUGUGCAAGGGCAUGGUUACAGAAUUACGGUGCAUUAGUACAUAGAUAUCCAAGAACAUCUGACUCAUAAUCUGAAUUAUCUUUCUGCUUCGUUU